AUGGAAGAUUUCGAUGUAUUUACUAAUGAAAUCAAUUAUACAAAGCAAUUUUGCUUGAAUAUUUUAAAUAAAUAUGUAAAUGACGCGCCUUUGACUCCCAACGCUCCAAAUUAUCAGUGUGGUAGAAAAUUACUUGCUGACGAGUGUUUGUCUGCUAGUAAAGAAGAAGAAUGUGCCUUUCACAUGAGUGAAGCUAUAUCAGCUUCACUGAGAACUAUGGCUGUGUACAGAGAUGAGCAAAUAAAAUCGGCUAGUAAUAAACUUCAAAAAAUUACGAGUUUCAUAAAACCAAUACAAGAUGUUAUUGACGCAAAUCCACUCUCCAAAGACGAACAGAAACUGUAUGACUUAUUUUCGGAAAAUGUACCUGACAUCGACAUAGCAUUCUCUCGCAUGGACAUUGUUGAAGAUGUACCAUUCCAUAAGAGGUAUUUGAGAUUUGGCCCAGAUAACAAUGUUGAAAACUUUCAGAAAAUAUUGAAAGAACUACCAAAAGAAUGGUCUAUCAUACAGUUGACAGCACCAUAUAAUCCAAAUGAGAAUUUAAAACCACAGAUUGAAUACAAAAUUGAAAUAAACUCAUUGUAUUUGACAAUGUACUCUAAUGAAUAUUUAGAUAAAACUGAAUUUGGACCAAUGACAAUCAACAUUCCUGCUAAUGUUACCAAAGAUGGAGAAAAGCCACUAUUUACUGAACUAUUUUCUUUAUUAGAAGAUAAUUAUAAAACUAUUGACAAUGCACAAUUUUUAAAUAAUAAAAGAUUGGUCCAAAACUAUUGGAGUAGAAGGGAAGACAUUGAUUUAAGAAUGAAGAGUGUUAUUCACGUCAUGGACAAGGAUUGGUUAGGUGGUUUUGGCAGUUUACUAACGGGAAAACUUGUUGAUUCAAGUUUGAGUGACAAUGUUAUGAAAUUAGUUGACGUCGCCAUAUCUGACUGGGGAAAGAUUUUAACUGAACACGGCGACCCUGAAGAGAUUAGACAGGUGUUAGAUACAUCAGACUGUGAGACGUGCACAAGAGAGUUUAGAUUCCUAAACGAAUUGUGUAUAAAGUGUCUGUCGAAGUGCUUUGAAGCGAUCCACCAUUUUACACUAGUAGAUGGUAUAAAGGCUUUUUCGAAGGUGGCAACACAAAUUAAGGAAGAUGACGAAUGGGCUUGCUUGAAGAAAGCUAAAAGACAUCCCGUCAUAUUGUUAGUGGAUGAACAGCGAAGUCCUCUACUCGAUAUUCAAUACGCUGUCUUUCUCGCUCUAGCAAAUGACGGUUCUAGCGCGACGAAAAAUGUUAAGAUAGUGGAAAAGGGCGAUGCCGUGUUGCAAGAUGCUUUAGACACGUUUCCUUGGGAAACUUUGCCAAUAAUAAACCAGCAUCCAGUGUCACGUAUGGAGAAUAUCCAUUUCUUGUAUUACUUGUACAAGAUCCACGAGAGUCGCAUCACAGACGGUUACUUCAACGCGCGCGCUGACGUCGGCAGAUACGUUAUUAACCCAGGUAGAGUGUUAAAAAAUAUUGAACACGUAUUUUUUUAUUUUUUUCGUAAUCCUAAAGUUAUGGCGUUACAUGGAGUUGAAAUUUCGCAUGACGUCACGUUAGGAGAGGAACCUGGAGCGCAUGGAGAAGCGCAUGAGCUCGUUCGUGCGCUACUGGUGCGGCGCGUGGCGCGGGCACGUGGCCGAAGCGCCCGCGCCCGACUGCUUCCUCGGGUACCUCACGCACGCGGACAUCUUCCUGUGAGUAGUACUACUAACCGCCUACUUGAUGUAGCGAACGGUGGGAACUAG